AUGCUACGCGUCGCUCGUACAUUUGGCUCUACAGCAGGCUCUGCGAAGCGUUCAUUUGCUAGCUCGGCAAUUCGACGCGGGUAUGAAGAUACCAUCCCGAAUCUCAAGAUCCACAAAGAUACCCGUGUUUUGUGCCAGGGAUUCACUGGAAAGACCGCUACGUUCCAUUGCAAAGAGGCCCUCGCAUAUGGCACGAACAUGGUUGGUGGUACCUCGCCCAAAAAGGCUGGCCAAACGCACCUUGGUCUCCCGGUCUUCGGAACUGUCAAAGAGGCUGUGAGGGAAGCCAAACCCGAUGCAACCAUUCUCUACGUCCCACCUCCAACUGCAGCAGACGCAAUCAUAGAAGCAAUUGAGAACGAAAUUGGCCUCAUUGUAUGCAUCACAGAAGGGAUCCCCCAAGCAGAUGAAAUCAAGGUUAUGCAUGCCCUCAAGAGUCAGUCCAAGUCCCGACUCGUAGGGCCAAACUGCCCUGGUAUCAUCAACCCUCUUGGAUGUAAAAUGGGAAUUCAGCCAGGGCACAUACACAAACCUGGAAAGAUUGGUAUCGUGUCUCGGUCGGGUACAUUGACGUACGAAGCGGUGAACCAAACAACGCUUGUGGGGCUAGGCCAAUCACUCUGCAUUGGUAUUGGGGGCGAUCCAUUCCCUGGAACAACGCAUGUUGAUGCGUUAAAGGUACUACUCAACGACCCUGCUACAGAAGGUGUCGUGCUUAUUGGUGAGAUUGGUGGUUCCAGUGAGGAAGAGGCCGCGGAGUAUCUUGCGGAGUUUAACAGGGGCCGCGCCAACCCUAAACCCGUCGUAGGCUUCAUUGCAGGGGUCACUGCUCCUCCAGGUCGCCGCAUGGGCCAUGCUGGUGCAAUCAUCGCUGGCGGGAAGGGUGCAGCUGCAGACAAGGUCAAAGCGCUGACUGACGCCGGUGCGUUGGUUGUAGACAGCCCAGCCAAGAUUGGGCCUACCAUCUUCAAGGCGAGUGAUAACCCAAAACAAGCCAUGAAAGAAGCUGGACUUGCGUAG